AUGUUUUCGACAACGCUAUCGACUAUCGCAUCGGCUCAGGACCCCAUGAUUGGGUCCGUGACAUCAAUAUCGGUUCCUAUCCUGCAGGAAACCGCGCUGUCGACCAUUAUUGGGGCCAUACCUCAAAUAUCACCCCUCGUCCUAUUAUCUCCCCUCGUCUCGCUCGCCAGCUUCGUCUUCAUGCUCCCCAGUACCAGGGAGUUCACGGCGUCUGGCUCGAUCGGUUUACAGGGCACGCAGAACGCGUACGCGACCCAAGGACUCGGUCCCGCGUCUAAGCGAUACCAAAAUAGGAAAUUACCCGUCCCUUUUGGGACAUAG